AUGGAUGAACGCAAAAAUCUUUCGAGUGAAAAUAAUGGACUCAAUGCGCAUUUGAAACAAAAACCAUCUGUUACAAUCAUACACGAGGAAACUAAAUUUAUUGGUGAAUAUUCAAGCACUAGAAGAGAAAUAAAGAAGAGAAAGAAUCUCACUAAAUUAACCCUUUGUGAACUUGCAACACUCAGUUUAAAUAAAGCUAAAGCUUGA